AUGCCCACCCUAUUGAUUCUGAGGAAUGAGUGCCUCGAAGAGACAGAUUCUGACCCAUCUGCCUCAAGAAUUGAGGAAAAUGUGAUUGUAAAGAUUAAAGACGGACUCAUUAUCUCGCCGUCUUACCUAGAAGAGAUCACAACUUUCGCAUGGCCGUCUCUUCCAAACUCCAUCCCGACAGGCUUCCCCUCUCCACCUACGGGUGUGGGGGUCGCACUUCUCAAGGAAGUGUAUAUCGGGGUAGAUGCAAAUGAUAGAGUUAUUCGGGGGAUUCGAGCCAAGUUCAUGUUGUUUAUCGGGGUAGAUGCGCACUUUCGGUUUUCUUACCAUGAGGAAGUAGCUUUUUCUCGUUCGUUCUUUUUGGGUUCUGAUUUUAUUGCCAUGCAUGAGCUUAAUAGGGCAUUUACCAUUUUUGGGUCACUGGCUUGUGCUCUGUACCUGUACCUGAAGGGUGUGAAGGGUAUCAACAAUUAA